CGCAUGAGGGCAGCAAAACAAAGUCAGAAAUACUCCCAACUCCCAGACAGCACUUCCCAUGUAAAUUGUGAAGGUUGUGUUAGUUGUAGGCUUUCUAUGGGCUGUUAAAAUUUACUUUCGCUAUCAGAAUCAUUUGUGGACAUUUAAGUGCAGAUGCGGAUGUUUAACUGCGAGGAUGACGCGUUGUUCAGUUUGAUAAAGUGUGAGAUGUUCAUCAUGAGAGAAAUGUGCUGACGUUUGUGCUCAGCAGUUUGGCAAUAACAUGUCAUCCACCGAGGCUGCCAGGGAGUUCCAAGCUAAAGAGCGCAAAUGCAGAAACCAGCUGAAGAAGCGACUGGCAAAUGCUCUGUCAGAAGACCUGAACCGACUGCUGCAGGAGGAGCAGGAGACUGACGUCACUCUGUGUGUGGGUUCUGUUGUUCGGCUGAAGGCCCACAGGGCGGUGCUGCUGGCCAGAGCUCCUCACCUCCUGCAGGGAACCGAACCAACUACACCUGUCAUCCACCUGCAGGGGAUUGAACCUGCAGCCCUCAAGGACUUCAUACAAAAAGUGUACACAGAUGACAAGUGCCUGGCGAAGGAAAAUACUGCCUUAAAUGUACACAACGGCCAGUCACUGGUAGUGAACGGUACUGCUGCACAUGGCCCUGAUGUUGACUCUCAGGUCAACUCUGACCAAGGUUCAGAGAAUUUAGAGUCAGCAUCAGGGCUUGGGGCAGAUCUUUUGGCUCUGUAUCAGAGGUCUGAUAUGUCUGACAUCAGCAUUCAGGUGGCAGAUCGUGUCUUUUCAGCACACAGGGCCAUUCUGUGCGCGCGCUCGCAGUAUUUCCGAGCAAUGUUGUGUGGCAGUUGGAUGGAGAGUUUGCGUCAGUGUAUCACUCUGCAGGGUCUGGGUCCAGAUGAGAUGGAGAUUCUGCUUCAUUUCAUGUAUGGUGCCAUGCUAGACUUCCCACCAGGAACAAAUGUCAGUCAGGUUGUGUUAGCAGCAGACAUGCUGGGCCUGGAGGGGCUAAAAGAUGUGGCCGAGAUGGUCCUGACUCGGGACUACUGCCGCUUUUUUCCCAAGCAUGUUGAUGGAGUUCAGAGAUCCAUACUGGAGUGCCUCGCCAUUACCCACUCUAUUGGCCUGCAUGAUCUCUACUGCUCCUGUGUGAGAUGGGUAGCUGAGCAUUUCGUGAAGUGCUGGUCAGAAAGGAAUUUUGUCCUCCUCCCUCCAGAACUACAGAGAGAUUGCCUUAAUGCUGUCACCAAAAACAUGACGGUGCAGAGUGUGGUAUCUGUGCUGUGUGGCAGCGAGCAGCUGAUUGGCAGCCUGCCGGAGGUGAAAUGGGCCAAGCAGGUGCUGAGUCUGGCCAGCGAACUGCAAGAGGAGUGUCUGCAGAUGAUUGUCACACACCUGCCCCAGGUCACGCACACCGCUGCCUUCCACGAUUUCCGAAGGAGAGAGGAGUUCACACGUGACCCCACUCUACUGAGGAAGGUGUGCGUAGCUGUGCGGGAGGGUGUUACUGUGGAGAACUGCUGUGACCUCUUUACUGCUGUGAAUCGGCUGAGUGGUGACCCGAGUGAGCUAGACAUUAUCACCGAAGACCAAGUCAAUCAGGAGGAACUAGAGCCAUUCAGGCGUGAGCUGUGUUUGCUGCGCACGAGGCUCUGGACCUUCCUGUUUCAGUCCUUCUUUGCAGUGCGGCACACACAAGGAUGGGACACUCUACACCCCAGAUAUCGCGAAAAAAUACUUGCAGCUGCUCUUGAUAAAGGAGACUGCAGACAGCUUGGAAAAAAACCUGUGCUCACCAGCUCUCAGAAACCUACAAAAUGCCUCUCGGGCACUUCAUCUCCAUGUGAUAGCCCUACUCAUCGUCCCAUUAAGGUAUCACAGGGUCUACGUGCUUCCCCUGCAAGAUCUGUAGCUGCAGCAUCAGGCACCAUGAAGUCUGAUGCUCUAGGGCCAACAGCUCACAUGGUUCCUUCUGGGAAAACAAAAUCUAGCAACAACACCUCUCUUAGAAGCAAGAAUGAUAAAGUUAAGCCAACUCACACGCCAGCUAAAACCAAGACUACAUCUACUGUUAAACCAGUGUUGAAUGGCACUGCUAGUGGUGCUCCACGGGAAAAUUCCACCACUUUAGGUGCCCGUGGUUCACCUACAGGGAAGACGGUGCUGGACAGGAAGCCAAACCCAGGAGCAAGGCCAAAGUCUUCCUCUGCUGGAUCUGAUCUCUCAACAGGCCAGGCUAAAGGUGGAAAAGUGCUGAAGAACACAAUGUCAGGGAAAGAUCUGCCUCAGGAAUCAGCCAGCAAUGUUCAGAUUACUCCAUCUAACUCUGGCAGCACCUCACCAGACAACAGCACUGGGAGUCCACGCAACAAUGGCCACAGUACACCAACAGGUCUCAGGUCAAAACUUCAAGCCAAGGCAACAACAAAAUCUCCUUUGACCAAACCUGCCCAAAAGCCAGACACUGAAAAGACUAGCAGCCCCACUAAUAAAUCAAGCAAGACUAAACCUACCACAACUAGCCGUGCAGUACCUGCAAUUCCUGCAUCCCGCUCAGAUCCAAAGAGCAAGAGCACUGUGUCAUGCCUUUCAGAGAACCAUGCUUCGUCUAGACCUGGCUCAGCCCUUAGCUCUAAAAAGCCUGCCUCCCCUAGGAAAGAGGUAGAGAAAGAUAUAUCCAAACCUUCAGCUAUUAAGAAGACAACAAAGGCCAUCUCUGAGUCAAAGCCGAGCAUCAAAGCUUCCACGUCUUCCUCUAAGCAGUCACUUACUACCCCAAACAAAACAGGACCUAAACAGAAGGCUCCAGAAACACUACCAACAAAAUCAUCUCUAAAAUCCUCAGGGGCAGUCAAAAACUCAACUCCUGCUGGCUCUAAAAAGCCAGGCACUGCUGUAAAAGAUUCAACAUCUAGCCCCAAACACUUAAAAAAGGUCACUCAGCAGAAUCCAGCUUCUACCGAAGGUAAGACAAGAAGCAAGGAAGUGGUUGCAUCUUGUCUAGAGAGUUCCAAAGUUCCUAUGUCCCUGGAGCAGCAUUCACUAGUCAGCCCGGCUACACUAGACCAGCCAGAAGUGGUUCCCAAGGGUGUACCAGCACCUUCCGCUAAGGUUCAUGAUAUAGAGAAAAGCAGUGAUCCAGUGAAUAAAUUACAUGGCACAGAGGUGAAGACUCAGUCAGUAACUCCGGACAUGCAUACUUAUACUUCCGGACAGAGUGAGAUGAGUGGGAGUAAACUGGCCACAGACAAUGCCAUUCCACCCCAUACCACUGGAUCAGACCGGGGCCUCAAUUCCAUGAACUCCUCAAAGGACUCAGAUCUCCCUCCUGAUACACCUUGCAGUCUAGGGAGCAUUGAGACACCCCUAGAGGACUCGUGGAAUGGGCUUCAUCCCCAAGUUAGCCCAGAGUCAGAGACUGGCAGUGCCACUACUUCUUCUGAUGACAUAAAGCCACGGUCGGAGGAUUAUGAUGCUGGAGGCUCACAGGAUGAUGACUGUUGCUCUCAUGAGCGUGGCGUUUCAAAGUGUGGGACCAUGCGUUGCCCUGACUUUCUAGGCCGCAGCAGCAGUGACACCAGCACACCUGAGGAGCUCAAGAUGUACGAGAGUGGGGCUGGACUACGUGUGGAGGUACGGCUCAGAGGACGGGAGGCAGAGACUACAAGUGAAGAAGAAGUAGGGCGUCAAAGACCACGAUCGUGGAUUAGAAAGGAUGAAGUGCCAGUGGAGGAGGAACCUUGUGAAAUGGAUUCCGCAUUAAAAAACUUGAAGAGUGUACAGGACCACCAACUUUUCUCCACUGAGGAAGAAGAGGAGGAGGAGGAAGAAGAGGAAGAGACUGAAGAUGAAAGAUCAGAAGUUGAGGUGCUACCAAGAGGAAUGGCUCCCCCACUUAACGAGCCAUCUCCACAAUUCCAAGGUAUUGUCAACCUUGCAUUUGAAGACCCUGCGGACCAAGAGAAUGAGCAACCAGAGUACCAGUCAGCUUCUAACUUCCGCCGCUCUGUUUUGCUCUCGGUGGAUGAGUGUGAGGAGCUUGGAUGCGAAGAAGGAAGCGCCCAGACUCCGACACACCAGUCAGGUGAUGUCUUCGACAGUGAACCUCAAAAUUCUCAGAUAGACUGCUGCUCCCAGCAAUCCACAAGCACAGUGAGAGGAAACCAUAUCUCUAACCACCAAGAAAAUGAAAGGGAGUCCAAACCUGCGGUAUUCCUGACAGAGGUCCGGGGAUCUCCACAGGAGGAUUGUGUAUAUAAUCAAUCAGAUGCCCCUGUGCAAGACAAAGACACCAGUGACGUUCCUGCUCAGGAGCGCCCUAGUCACCUGGACCUCCGGCUGACAGAACAGUAUGGCAAUCUCCAGGCCAAACAUAUAGACAGCAGAAAAGCUGACCUGCGGCUAGACUUACCUGAGCCGCAGCUGAAUGCGAGCUCACCUGCACACUCUCCAGCAGGUAAUGUAUAAUGUUAGAGCCCAUCCCCCCUGACUGCAGUCUCAGAAAAAUCCACUCAGUUUCCCAUCCUGACACAUUCAACUCAAAUAUUCAGACAAUUCUUUUUCAAUGGGGUAAAUCCUGAUUUCAUUGAUUUAGAUAGUAGCACACUACUGCCUCUCUUUUUCCCUUCAUUUUAUCAUCUUCUUUAAAUGUCUAUUGUUUGCUAAUACUUCAGUAAGAUAUAUACACAACUAAACUGCCUUCUCUUAGGCACUAUAGUAACUCAACAAACAAGUUUACAAGCUUAAUUUUUACAGUAAAAUAUCUAUAUGUGUGUGGUGUAGUAUGCUGAGUCAGGCCAUCUCUUAUGUGGUAUGGCUGGGCAAUCUCAGUUGUACUAGUGCACUUAAUAUAUAGGCACCCAAAUCCCUAGUAAUUUUUGUUUGUUUGUCAUUAUCCAUACUGAACAGUAAGCUUCUUCCUCUCAGGCCAAGUCCUUUAUAUAUUGACUUUUCCAUAAGAGAUCUUUAUGCAAAAGACAAGCACCAUGUGACUUGGCCUUCAAAUAUAUACAUAUAUAUGCACAAACAUACAGUGAGCUAAGCUUCCUUUUAAUACUGCACAUAAAGGACCACACCUUAUACAGAGGCCAUGAUUUUUUGAAUGUGUUAGAUCUAGAUGUUUUUUUUAUACUCAGUAUUGAUGUUGAGUGUUGUUGUCUUUUCAAGACUCUGUCUGUUUAGUCAUCCAAACCAGGGAAUCUUGCAUGCUAAUACUAGGCUUUGUUAUUGAUUUUAUUAAUUUAUGAAAUCCCAUUUAUGUUUGUAUCCAUCCUUGCGUGUUUGUUUUUUCUUUUAUUUUUCAUUCACAAUAUAUCACACCAUUUGUAGUUCUGUAUAGGUAACCAUUUUCUCAACUCUAGAUUUUUACGUUAUAGAUUUCAUUUUUUUUUCUCCAAUGUAUUUCUGUAGAAUUAAUAGUUUUUUUUCUGUAUGUUUCUAGAAAAAUAUCUUCAAGGUCCUCCUUGUGUCUCUCUUUUUUCACACUUGUAUCAUGAUUCUAAUCACUGUUAAUGGUUUUGCUCGAGUUUUAUCUUUACAAGAAGCAUAUCUUGAGUUUGCCAAGUAAAGCAAUAAACACUCUUUUGCCAGCAUGUCCCUCAUAUUUUCAGUGUAGCUUUAAGUUAAAACUUAAGAAACAAACUGAAAAGCUCUAGUGCUUGCUUACGUUUCAGUGUGUAUAUUUAAGAGAAAAAAAAAGCUCAGUUUGAUCAGAACUAGAGAAUUCAUAUCUUUUGUGUGUGAACAAAACAUAAGUUAUGCUGGAGAUACAGCGGCUGGCAAAAACAUGCCUUUUACUGUUAUAGCACUUGUGAACAAAAGAGACACAUUCAGUGUAGAUUUUCCUCUGUGCAUCACCUUUAUGGCAGCUGUCCAUCCUUAUCCUAAAUUCAGAAGUUGUUCCAUGGAUAACAUGGAAACUUCAUGGAAAGUCAAGAGUUGCUCCAUGGAAAACUUUGGAUUUGCACAUCUGCUUAAUUGUAAUGCAUGUGUCAUUUAAUCAAAUCUUGAUUAAUGACAAUAAAAAGUGAUUACUGCCUAAGACAGAAUAUAUUUUUUCAUCUAUUUAGUCUUUAAAAGGAUUCGUAUUUCAAGCUUGUCUUAACUGCAUCAUGAAGGACACAGUUGCACUAGGGGUGAUUCUGUUCAUCAUGUGGAGCUAGAAA